GGGAAAGAGAAAUAAUUAUUGAAUUGAGAAGAAAAUGGAGUCGCCGUUCAAGGAAGAUAUACUGAAAGGGAAAGUAGCACUGUUGACAGGAGGUGGUUCUGGAAUUGGCUUCGAGAUCUCCAAGCAGUUUGGCAAACAUGGUGCCUCCAUCGCCAUCAUGGGCCGCCGCAACCAAGUUCUCGAUUCUUCUGUUUCCACUCUCCUUUCCCUCUCUAUUCCGGCUGUUGGCUUUGAGGGGGAUGUUCGUAAACGGGAAGAUGCAAAAAGAGUUGUGGAAUCAACUGUUAAACAUUUUGGCAGGCUUGACAUUCUUGUUAAUGCUGCAGCCGGGAAUUUUCUUGCAUCAUCUGAGGAUUUGUCCCCUAAUGGGUUUCGAACAGUUAUGGAUAUUGAUUCUGUUGGCACGUUCACAAUGUGCCAUGAAGCACUUGAAUAUCUUAAGGAAGGUGGUCCAGGAAGGUGCUCAUCUAGCGGUGGAACAAUACUGAAUAUCAGUGCUACUUUGCAUUACACUGCAGCUUGGUAUCAAAUCCAUGUCUCUGCAGCCAAGGCAGCUGUUGAUGCCAUUACAAGAAACUUGGCACUGGAGUGGGGCACUGACUAUGAUAUCAGAGUCAAUGGAAUCGCUCCAGGCCCCAUAGGGGAUACUGCUGGCAUGAGUAAACUUGCUCCUGAGGAGAUUAAUAGCAAAGCUAAAGAUUACAUGCCCCUGUAUAAGCUUGGGGAGAAAUGGGAUAUUGCGAUGGCUGCUCUCUAUCUUGCAUCAGAUGCUGGUAAAUACAUUAAUGGGAUGACCAUGGCUGUUGAUGGAGGACUUUGGCUGAGUCGGCCUCGCCAUCUACCAAAAGAGGCAGUGAAGCAGCUUUCACGCACUGUGGAAAGGAGAUCAAGGGAUGUAGCUGUCGGGGUUCCAACCAGUAAAUUGUAACCUGGCUCAGAUGUACUCUGGUUGGGUUCCCAAUAAGCAAAUUUUAUCCGAACUCACCACUAAUAUGAUCAUUUGUGAGCCCUAAUAUUCUUGUAGGAGGGGAAUCAGUCACUUGUGUACAAAUAUUUCUAGGGGGAAAUUUUUUUUACCUCUGGGACGAGUGAAUAAUUUUCGUUUAAAUGCCUAUGCUACAGUUUAAGCUGCGGCCAAAUAUAUGGUGGUGAAAUAAUGGCAACUUUAGUUGGUUA